AUCUGUCCCUUUUGUCUCUUCGAUCCCCAUAUUACUCCCUCACUCCUCACUCACACAAACACACAAAUACUCUCUCUUUGAAAACUCCCAACCCACAUUGAUACCUCUAUUUUUUUUACUCUCUUUUUGUGUUCCAUAUUCUCUCUCACCAUUUUCACCUGCAUUCAAUUCUCCAAAUCAUUACUCUUUGAGACUCUCAUAGAUACCCCAAAAUGGGUUCUAGAGCACGUUGGCGCCAGAGUUGGGCUCCACAGCCCUUGACACCCUUAAUGGAAGGCCCUGGCCCUGAAAUGCAAGAGGAAGGAACCAAGAAAGAGAGUUCAUGGGAAGUAAUAAGGGAAUGGUUCAGGACUCAGAAGAUCUCCCCAAGUGGAAGUUUUUCACAAUCAUCAUCAUCAUUCUAUGGAACCAUUCAUGCCAAGACACAAGAUUUGAGGCUCUUGCUUGGUGUCUUGGGCUGUCCCUUGGCUCCUAUUCCCUCAGCACAUGAUCCCACUCUUAGCAUUCACAUCAAAGACACCCCAUUUGAAACUUCAACUGCCAAAUACAUUAUCCAGCAGUAUUUGGCAGCCACGGGGUGCCUAAAACAGCAAAAGGACACUAAAAACAUGUAUGCCACUGGGAUGGUGAAGAUGAUUUGCUGUGAGACAGAGAUUUCAUCUGGGAAGAAUGUCAAGUGCUUGGGUACAAGAAGCAGUGAAAAUGGUUGCUUUGUGCUUUGGCAGAUGCAACCUGGUAUGUGGUCUCUUGAAUUGGUGGUUGGUGACCACAAGGUGGUUGCAGGCAGCAAUGGCAAAACCGUGUGGCGGCACACACCAUGGCUUGGCACACAUGCAGCCAAAGGCCCCCAAAGACCCCUUCGUCGCCUCAUUCAGGGCUUGGAUCCAAAGACCACAGCGAGUUUAUUCACCAACGCGCAAUGCUUGGGCGAGAAUCGAAUUGGGACCGUGGAUUGCUUCGUGCUAAAGGUCUCGGCCGAUCGUGCGGCAGUGGUUGAAAGGAGUGAGGGCCCCGCAGAGGUGAUAAGGCACAUUCUAUACGGUUACUUUUGCCAAAAGAGUGGACUCCUCAUAUACCUAGAAGACUCUCACCUCACAAGGGUCCCAACACAAGACAAUGAUACGGUGUAUUGGGAGACCACCAUAGGGAGCAGCAUCGGCGACUACCGGGACGUUGAUGGCAUCCUCAUUGCACAUCAAGGGCGGUCCGUCGCAACGGUGUUCCGGUUCGGGGAGCUCUCGAUGCAGCAUAGCCGGACCCGGAUGGAGGAGAUUUGGACCAUUGAUGAUGUUAUGUUUAAUGUACCUGGACUCUCCAUGGACCAUUUCAUUCCUCCAGCUGAUAUCUUUGACAAUAUAAAUUCUCCAUGAUGAUGAUAAUAACCUAACCUUUUAUUAGGGGGGUUUUUUGGGUUACUUUUUUUUUUUUUUUUUUAAUCUUUCCUUGUCAAUGUGAAUUGUAAUAUUACUUAAUUUGGGGGUGGUAUAAUCAAAGGAUUGGUGGGAGAAGGUGUAAUUUUACUUGUCUUUGUUUCUUGUUUGCUAAUGUAAGGUUUAAGUGACCAGUAAGUAGUUAGUUGGUGUUUCAUGUCAUUAAGCUCAAAUGACAAAUUCAAGAGGGGGAUGGAAUAAUUGUUACGUACUCAUCAACUGGUAUAAGACAAUGAGGGCACAUAUUUAUGUACUUCAUUUGGAGAAAUUGUGGGAUAUUGAUCAUUGAUGCCAUUUUAAUAA